ACGUUUUGAGUGUAAGAAACUAAAAACGUGGCUAAUUGGAAUGCAAUUUCGGCGAAAAUGGGAAAGCUUUUGAGAUUAAGAAUCCCACAACAAACCAAACGACACGAAACGAGGCACACGCGAUACUUCGCUUUGAAGGGUGGAGAUUUUUAGUCAGAGGGAGAAAAGGGGCCGACUUUUUUUUUUGGGGUUUUCUCUAUCUCCCGUUUCGCUGUCUGGUAUGAUUUCCCCCCCUAUUUUUUGUUAGAAUCUCUUAUUUCUCACAAAUUAUGUACUGGGUUUUGUAAGAAUCAUGUUAUCCUGUGUUGAUUGAUGCUUUUAACGCUUGAUUCGUUAUGUUUCUUGCGAUCAUUGUGCUGUUUGUGACUCAAGUUAGGAUUUUCUUGGUGGGCGUUGAUUAUCAGUGAAUUGAUUUUGAGCAAAAAUGAUCGGUUUGAGCUCAAUGGGUUGCGGAGGAGGAGGGAAUUCAUCGACAUCAAAUCUAUCUGCUUCUGCACCUCCCUUUACUGUCGAUAGAUUAAACCCUAAGCCCAAUUCAAACCCUAUGUUGCAUUACUCCGAUUAUGGGGUUGAGCCCUUUACCCAUUCCUCUCAGUAUCCGAUUAGAGCUGAGGCUGCAAUUGAUUCUGGUGAGAUGAUUAGCGUGCCUACCACGGAUGAUUAUCGAUUUUCGGCCUCUGCCUCUGUUAGUGCACCUAGCACCCAGUGGUCUGGUCAUAAUUCUGGUUAUGGUGGUGAUGUGAAACCUUAUUAUUCUCCGUAUGUCACGUCGUUGGUUGGAGAGGAUAGGGUUUUGGGUGAGGAUGAGGGGUCUCGUUACAAUGUGGUGCCUACUUGUGGAUUGAGUGUGACACCUCAGCAUGAUUAUACUCCAAGCUUGUUUGACUUAGAGUACGGGCCUCGUUGGGUGGAUGGUUUGGGCUUCGAUGAUGGGAAACGGGCUAAAAGAUCAGAAGUUGAUGGAAAAUUCUCAUCGGAGAAGCUAUUCAUUGGUGGCUCACAUGGUUAUGAAAAUCAAUUAUACCAAGGUGGGUGCGGCAGUGAAAACAGGAACCAAUUCAAGGAAGACUCUGGUGUUUUAUAUAAAAAUCUCCAUCAGGUUUCCGACCGUGAAGUCUAUACUGGGUCCUCGAGUACUGGAUACAUGGAAGACAAGUCGUGCCUUGAGCAGCAAUUUGGCUUCUUUCACUAUGAUUCAAGUAAAACACUUCUCACAGCAUCGAGUCCUCCCUACCCAGAAUCUUAUCCUCCUCUAGUGUCCUGUGCAACAGAAAAGAAUUUCCCAAACUAUAAAAACUCGUGCAGUCCAUAUAAAAAAUGCAUCAGGCCUGUCGAUACGCCCUAUCAGGGUCGUGUUUCAGUCGGAAGAUCGUCGCCCACAGUGGUCAUUAGACCACCGCCAGCUUCCAGUUGGAAUUUGGGACAAGGUAAUGCUUCUCGUAAAUCUGCUGGAAGCGAGAAUGCUGCUGGCGUGCACAUCGUGGAUUCUGAUUAUACAUAUCCCUCAAAGCCGAAGGAUUCUGGCCUAAAAGCCAACUCCAAACCUAAAGAAGGCUCCUUUGAGACGAGUCCUUUCAAGUUCUUCAAGCAAGGGAAUGCUCCUGUUUCAUCAGCUUCCGUUAAAGAACUAAGGCCACUGAAUACUAAUGAUACUUCUGAUUCCAAGGUUAAACCGACGUUAGGAUCUCAAAUGCCUGACGUGAAUGUCUCAAGUAGUUUUCUAAUGACUGGUGAUAACAUUCAAAUGGUUAAUUCCACUGAGGAGUCUUCAGAUUUUAUAGAUAAUCAUAGCACUGCGGUAGAUUCACCCUGUUGGAAAGGAGCACCAUCUUCUCCGUUUUCAGUGUUUGAUAUUGAAUCGGGAAACUGUGAUCGUGUCAAGGUAAAUUUGGUUGAACAAUAUGGAUUUGGUCAUGGAGAUCAUCCGAGUCUCCACUCAAUUGAUUCUAACCGAGUUUUCUCUGAGAAAGUUGAGUGCAACAUGGUAAAUCAAAAUGAAUGUGGAAGAAAUGGCAUGAAGCUUGGUUUUGAGAAGACUCUUGAUGCAAUCUGCUCAACAUCAGAGCAGAGUUUACUGGAUGGUAUAACUGACAGAGUUUGGAUCCCGCCUGCAACAAGGAGCAAGGGAGUCGAGUUGAGUGGUGGUAUUACAAAGGAUUCCAAUCUUUUGAACAACUUAACGAGUGUUUUUGAUAUGAAUGUUUCUGACACCAACCAUUUAUUCGGUGAAGGAUGUGUUGGGAUGACGGUAAAUGACGUCUCUGAAGGUGCUGCUGUGGCAGUCCUCGCAGCAGAGAAGGUUCUCGCGUCGCCUGCUUCUCAAGAAGAUGCCAUCGAGCAUACUACGGUACCAGAUCCGAGACUGGAUGUGUCAUCAAUUGUUAAAUCGAUGCAUAGCCUCUCAGAGUUGCUUCGGUUUCACAUUCCAAGCAAUGUAUGCCCUUUAGGGGAAGAAAAUACAGAGAUUCUUAAACAUGUAAUAAGCAACCUUAGUACUUGUUUGAGUAAAAACGGCAUACAGGCCCAAGCAUCGAAUAAGUCAGAGCCCAAAGUUCUUUCUGGAGAAACUUCCCUUGGGGAGUUGUGCUGUGCGGAUGUUAUUUCAAGAGGUCCUCGUACGAAAUGUGAAGCUUCGAAUUCUUGCACCAAUGCCGAGUCUCUGCAUUUGCUUAAGGGGGAGAGAAACGACACUUUUCCUGGUAAGAGAGAUGAGAUAUCACAGAUAGUUUCACCACCCUUGACGGAUGAUUUUCACAUAACAGGAGACGAUGAUAUGGCGAAGGCUAUAAAGAAGGUCCUUGAGCAGAAUUUCGAGAUAGACGAGGAUAUGCACUCACAAGCACUUCUGUUCAAGAAUUUGUGGCUUGAGGCGGAGGCUAAACUGUGUUCCAUCAGUUAUAAAGCUCGUUUCGAAAGAAUGAAGGUUCAGAUGGAAGAUGUCAAACUCAAGGCUCCGAAAGAGAUGAAAUCUGAGCUUUGCGUUUCGCCCAAUUCUGUCAUCAUGUCUGUGCUGGCUCCCAAGGCUUGUGUCGACACAUCCCCUAAACCCACCUCACCAAAUGUAUCUGCUUCUGGCGUGGGCGGGCGUGCUGAUUGUAUCGAGUCUUCUGUCCUAGCCAGGUUCAGUAUCUUGAAAUCUCGAGAGGAGAACCUGAAAACCAUAAAUGCGGAAGAGCAGCAACGGUCCGAGAUAGUUGAUGCAAAUUCCAUCAUAACCAGAUUCAAUAUCUUGAAAUCGCGAGAGGAGAACCUGAAUCCCAUACAUACGCAAGAGCAGCAAUGGUCUGAGAUAGUCGAUGGUAAGCAUGCAGAUUCCAUCAUGGCUAGAUUCAACAUCUUGAAAUCGCGAGAGGAGAGCUUAAAACUAGUCGGUGCAGACGAGGAAAAACCACCACAGGCGAUCAGUGAUGAGUUUGCAGGUGAGAAAUAUUUCCAGCCACUCGUCAGAGGUCAGUCAGAAGACGAAGCCUUAGACGUGGAGGUGGGACUGCAGCCUGAUUUUCAGUAUCAGGCCGGCAGCCUCGCUCGGGGUGGCAAGUUCGACUCAUAUUUUGAGCGUGCUGGGUAUGAGCCUCCGGCUGAGUACAGUAGCGGCUCCAUCAUGAACGAUGCAGCAAUCCAUGUGGUGAAGAGCGGGAGCAGGAUGGUCGGUGAGAACAGGUCGGGGUGGCAAGACAGUUCGUCGUCGUCAGAGUGGGAGCAUGUGCUGAAAGAGGAUUUUUCAUGGAAAAACUAAUGAAUUGUUGGGUUUUAUUGUGUGCUAACUGCUAUAUACUAAAAGGGAGAAAUACUAGUAUGACUUCAUCUCCCUCUUUGAGAUUGUCACAGCAUUUUGUAAAUUGGAAAAGAAAAAUGUGAUGAUCAAUCGAAUUUGACUUUGAAUGUAAAAAGUGUUGCUUGCUAUCAACCUUAUUGGUUUUAUCUGAAUAUUUUUAUGGUCUC